AUCUCCUCCUCUCGCCUGCCUGCGAUGCUGUUGCUGUGGGUUUGAUUGACAGGAAACAUGUCGGUGUGGUGGGAGCGAACCGGGAUGCUGCUGCUGCCACGGGAGACAGGGACCUGCAUCCAGUCCUCUCAUCAGCACCAGUGAAACCCACCGGGCUCUUCACGUCCGCUGAUGAUGCGCUGAUCAGCUUUUUUAUUUUUAUUUUUUAAUUAUUAUUAUUAUUAUUAUUACCGCCAUCCUUGUUUCUAACGUCCAUUCGCAGGGGGAACCCGAUGGAUGCUCUGGCGAACCCGCUCCGCAUCUUCCCCACCUUGCGCUCGGUGUAGGAGGCAGAGGCACCUGGAUGAAACAGCAGGAACUACGAGGACUGUUGUUGCAAUGGAGUCGAGUCUCUCACGGCUCAAAGCUCGUCUGUAAACCCACAACAUCUCGUUUCAUGGCGUUCUGCAGGUCGCUCUGCUCCGUGGGCUCCUCCACGUCUCUCUCCUGAAUUCCCGUUCUGUUCUCUUAUUUCUAUAUUUGAUUUUUUUUUCUUCUGUUCCGUUAUUAUUUGAAGUGCAGAAGGAGGUAAAAAAAAAGUGUGGGGGGGAUAUAACGACCACUGCUCGACCCAAACUAUGAACGAGGAGAUGACAAAAAGCGAGGAGCAGCAUCUGAGUUUGCAGAAAGCCUUGCAGCAGUGCGAGUUGGUGCAGAACAUGAUAGACAUAAGCAUUUCCAGUUUGGAGGGUUUACGGACCAAAUGUGCCACAUCCAACGACUUGACACAGAAGGAGAUACGCACGCUGGAGGGGAAGUUGGUGAAGUACUUCAGCCGCCAGUUGUCCUGUAAGUGCAAAGUGGCCUUAGAGGAGCGCAGUGCGGAGCUGGAGGACUUCCCUCGCCUCUGCCACUGGUUCCGCAUCGUCAACCUGAGGAAGGAGGUCACGCAGGAGAUGAGCCCAGGCGAGGUGACCCUGGAGGGUCUGCUGGACAUGAGCGAGGAGCAGGUGUGUGAGCUGCUGCAGAAGUUUGGUGCCAACGAAGAAGAGUGUGCCCGACUCAACGCCUCCCUCUCCUGCCUCGGAAAGGCCCACCAGCUCGAACAACUUGAGGAGGAUAAAUUGCACAGUAACGGAGGGAGCCAGGCGAAGCAGGACUGGUCCAUCCAGUGGCCCACGUCUGAAUCAGGCAAGGAAAACACUCCGGUGUGCCAGCCCGAGGUCAGUCAGUGGAUCCGCUACCAGCUGUCCCAAAGCCCCCAGGUCCAAUCCAAGUACAACCAGCACAUGUGCCACAGCCCCCAGGCCCUGGCCCCCCCCUUGUACGUCGAUCGGCUGACCGUCGACAGCUCCGCCACCGGGCUCUACCCCUCCCUGGACUUCGGUCAACGCUCCCUGCCCCCGUCUCCCCGCCAGAGGCACUUUGGCCACACGCCUCCUCGGACUCCCCUGGUCAUCAACACCAUGACCCCACCGGGCACGCCUCCCAUGCGGCGGAGGAACAAAGUGAAAGCCCCGGGGACGCCGCCUCCGCCCAGCCGCAAACUCAUCCACCUGCUGCCGGGCUUCACCGCACUGCACCGCAGCAAAUCCCAUGAGUUCCAGCUGGGCAACCGUGUUGAUGACACACAGACACCAAAAGCCAAGAAGAAGACCAAGCCCUUGAACCUUAAGAUCCACAGCAGCGUGGGCAGCUGUGAGAAUCUGCCCACGCAGCGCUCCCCGCUCCACACCGAGCGAUCCCUGCGAUCCUUCUUCUUCCCCACCUUCAUCCCCUCCACGCCUCCCGUCCACGCCGAAACACCCUCUGCAAACACUCUCUCAGUGCCUCGCUGGUCCCCACAGAUUCCCCGAAGAGAUCUGGGAAACUCAAUAAAACACAGGUUUUCCACAAAGUAUUGGAUGUCCCAGACAUGCAUAGUGUGUGGAAAGGGAAUGUUGUUUGGACUGAAAUGUAAAAACUGCAAGCUGAAGUGCCACAACAAAUGCACCAAAGAAGCCCCACCUUGCCAUUUACUGAUCAUACAGCGAGGCGGACGAGAAUCUCAUCUCUCAGAUCACCAAGGAACGACUCAAGUAGCUCGUCUGGUACGGACAGAAUCAGUGCCGUGUGACAUCAACAACCCACUCAGGUACACCGACCUGCACAUCAGUCAGACGCUCCCCAAAACCAACAGAAUCAACAAGGAUCACAUCCCAGUCCCGUACCAGCCGGACUCCAGCAGCAAUCCCUCAUCCACCACCUCCUCCACCCCGUCCUCCCCGGCUCCGCCCCUGCCCAGCAGUGCCACGCCCCCCUCACCACUACACCCCUCCCCGCAGUCGGCGCGCCAACAGAAACAGUUCAACCUGACAGCCUCCAGUUACUUCAAAUACAAACAACAGUUCAUCUUCCCAGAUGUGGCUCCGGAGGCUCCUCCCAGCAGAGCCCCGCAGGUCAUCCUGCACCCCGUCCUGUCCGAUCCCGGGAUCGAGGGGAACCCUUUACUCCAAAUCGAGGUCGAUCCUACAUCAGACAAUGAGGAAGGGAACGACGAGGACUCCGGCGACGAGUUCGAGGAGAUGAACCUGUCGCUUCUGUCAGCUCGCAACUUCCCGCGCAAGGCCAGCCAGACCAGCAUCUUCCUGCAGGAGUGGGACAUCCCGUUCGAGCAGCUGGAGAUCGGGGAGAUGAUCGGCAAGGGGCGCUUCGGCAAGGUUUUCCACGGUCGCUGGCACGGCGAGGUGGCCAUCCGCCUGAUCGACAUCGAGCGCGACAACGAGGACCAGCUCAAGGCCUUCAAGCGCGAGGUGAUGGCGUACCGCAACACGCGCCACGAGAAUGUGGUGCUGUUCAUGGGGGCGUGCAUGAGUCCGCCACAUCUGGCCAUCAUCACCAGCUUGUGUAAAGGCAGGACUCUUUACUCGGUGGUGCGCGAUGCCAAGGUCGUGCUGGAUGUUAACAAGACCCGACAGAUCGCACAAGAGAUGGUGAAGGGGAUGGGCUACCUCCACGCUAAGGGGAUCUUACACAAAGACAUGAAGUCCAAGAAUGUGUUCUACGACAACGGCAAAGUCGUCAUCACCGACUUCGGACUCUUCACCAUAUCUGGGGUACUGCAGGCUGGCAGCCGGAGAGAAGACAAGCUGAGGAUCCCCAACGGCUGGCUGUGUCACCUGGCCCCGGAAAUCAUGCAGCAGCUUUCUCCGGACACAGAAGAAGACAAGCUUCCCUUCUCCAAACAGUCAGAUGUCUUUGCUUUUGGCACCAUCUGGUACGAGUUACACGCACGUGAGUGGCCUUACAAGAGUCAGCCAGCGGAGGUGAUCGUAUGGCAGAUCGGCAGCGGCAUGAAGCCCAACCUCGCCCAAACCGGCAUGGGGAAGGAAAUAUCAGACAUUCUGCUCCUCUGCUGGGCUUUCAAGCAGGACGAGCGGCCCAGCUUCUCCAAACUGGUAGAUUUACUGGAAAAGUUGCCAAAACGGAACCGCCGCCUUUCCCACCCAGGGCACUUCUGGAAGUCAGCUGAGUAUGUCAAAUGAGUUAUAGGGACACAAUGAAAAAAACAAAGCAAACAAUCAGCAACUUUUAAAAGUCAGCCGCCAUAACUCUACAUAAAUAGCCCACCUCCUUAAAGCACUGAAUCCAAAAGCCAGCCCAGUGAUGAAAACUGCCCGAGCUGUGUGUAUUUUCAUGGAAUGUUGGCAUGUGUGUGUACAGAUAAGUCGAAGCAGUCGGGACUCACACUUCCUUUGGUUUGAUUUGAACCAGACUGGAGAUCUUUCCUUUAUCCUUCCUGUCUUUUAUCAGUGACUUGUUCCCUUCAUAAUAUUUGAUUUAUUUCCUGGAUGUAUCUCGCUUGUAACCUUCACCUGUUCACUCAUCUCGGACUUAUUCAAACAUGUUUGAGAACAUAUGUAGAUUCCCCCCACCCCCCCUGUCUUUCUUUUGUUUUUGAAUGAAUGUAACACAUUGUAUAUUUCCAUUGCAUUGUUCUGCCAUUUCUUAUGUGUGUCAACUGUGUAGACCAUUCUGUCCCUGUUACCUCAUGGCCUCAUGUGUGGAUGUCUGUCCCCAGGUUUGUCUCAGAAGAUUUAUUUGACUUACUUACGAUGUCCUCUUGCUUACACCGAACCAUUUGAAUGUGAACAAGCCAGCGUCCCUGUUGCUGCAGGGACGUGUCGGCACGAUUCUUCGAUGGGAGACUGUUCUCUGAUCAGCUUUGAAAAUUGCCUGUGAACAUAAGCGAGAAGUUUUGAACAAUA